AUGACAGAGGACAGAAACCUGCCCCCACCACUGCCUCCACGGCUGGACUGGUUCGUGCACACCCAGAUGGGCCAGCUGGCCCAAGACGGGGUCCCUGAGUGGUUCCACGGUGCCAUCUCAAGAGAGGCUGCCGAGGAUUUGCUGAGGCCAAAGCCACCUGGAUCUUUCCUCAUCAGGGUCAGCCACAGCCACGUAGGCUACGCGCUGUCCUACAAGGCUCAAGAUUGCUGCCGUCACUUCAUGGUGAAGCUGCUAGACGAUGGGAACGUUCUGAUCCCGGGAGAGACGACAGCCCACACCUCACUGGAGGCCUUGGUCACCUUCUACCAGCAGGAGCCAAUGAGGCCGUAUGAGGAGCUGCUGACCCAGCCAUGUGGCCAGGAGGAUCCAGGAAACAUGGACUAUGAGGAUCUCUUCCUUUACUCCAAUGCAUUGGCUGAGGAAGCUGCCAACCCCACCCAGGACCCCAGAGGGCUGGCCUCUUGCCCUGAAGCUGAAAAGACCUCCCCAAAGUCGGCCGCACUCUCUCGGCCAAAGGAAAGGAAGCCUUCAACAGAGAUGGACAGGACAUCCUCCUGCCCCCCAAAAGUCCCGCUCGGGGAUGCUGGCCAGAAGCUCUGGAAGAACCUCAAGUCACUCCCCAAAAAGGGCAAGAAGGUCCAGCAGCAGCUGAGAUCCCACCUGGCAACCGUGAGCUUGCCAUUGCUCUGGGACAACAAGUGUGACUCGGCAGCCCACAGCUCGAGGGCGGUGGCAAGCGGCCAAAAGAACGCGGGUGCUGCGAACUGUGUCUAUACUGACUCCAUUGAAGGGGCCCAGGCACCCCAUUGGUUCCCCCGAGGCAGAAAUGCCUUCUCCAGGGAAGCUCUGAGAUCAGUCAGCUGGAGCGGAGUUUCUCUGGGGGACAGGAGUCAGCACCAAGAGGUAGUGAGGUCCACGUCACUGCAGGUAUCCACGCAGGGAUUAGGGGACGUGCCAGAGCCCCAGGAGGACUGGAUCCCCGAGGAGUACCUCCGACCACCUCCGUUUGCCCCUGGAUACUGCUAG